AGUGUCCCUCGAGGCGUCGCAGGAGGCGGAUAUGCAUGUUGACAGUGGUGUGUAGGAACAUCAGCAGAGAUCUAGAGUAUCAAGUUUAACGAUGGAACAUGAACAGUCACCACAAAAGUCAUCCAACCUAUGUGAAACUUCAGAGGUAUUUAGCAGUCAGAAAGAGAAAUGCAAUCUCAAUGCAUGGGAAAGAGCUAAACAAAUUGAAGGACCUUUCCAGAGAGCAAGUAAGAAGCCGACUGGCGCGCAUUCCUUCUUCCAACAGGCUAGUAAGCCAGUUACAUCUCAACCCACUGUACCAGAUAUCCUUCAGAAAUCUUCAUCUAUUUUUAAAGAGAGUAAGCCUGAAUUAUUGCCACCAGUGCCACAGAUUUCCCAACAGUCAGAAGCUAGUACCAGCAAGAGUCUUGAUAGACAAGUAGACACUGAUGUCCCAUUAGAUAGAGAUUCCAGUCAUUUGUCUUUCUUCCAACAUGCUAGCAAAUAUGUUUUACCCGAUCAUGUACUACCAAGUACUCAUAAAAUAUCUCAUAAUUUUCAACACGGAAGUGAGCCUGAGUACCCACAGUCAGUAUCUGAAAUUGACGAGAAAUCAGAAGGAAGAAGUAGCAACAGCGGUGAAAGAAAUGUUGGUGUUAAUAUCCCAACAAAUAAAGAUACUGCUCCAACCGUCCCAGUAGUAAAAAAAGUUCCGACCUUUGGGGCUCCACGUUCCAAAAUAGCUAAGUUUCCUGCAGUUUCAGGCAACGCAAGUAAUAGUCUAACAUCAGCCAAUGUACAAACAUCCACAAAAACAACUGGUUCCUCUGGAAUAGCUCGACCUAACUUUAACCAUUCAUCCAAUUCUCUUUUUAAGCGUGUUUCUUCAAACAAAAAUCCACCAAAUGCAUCUGAAUCGGUUGCUUUAGUUCAACAUGGUACCAAUGAGUCACAAUGUGAGAUGACUGCUGCCUCCAGUGAAAAGCCAUAUUGUAAUACAUCGAGAUCUGAAAAGAAAAUCACACCAGUUAAACCAAACUUUGGCAAAAAAAGUGUGUCUGGGACUCGACCACAAUUAGAAAAUAAACCAGGCAAGAGACAGAGAAGUCCAGGAUUGUUUCAUUGCACAGACAGCAACGAGACUUGUAGUAGCAGUGACACCAAACAUAUUCCCCAAAAGGCAAAAACAAGCAAGACAGACCUGGGAAAAAGACCUCUUCCUAAAGUAAUGAAGAAAGCAAAUCACAAGCCUCAAGAAGGUGAUGAAGUUAAUAGUCUCACAAAAGUUAAGGAAGAAAUUGGUAUCAGCCAGUGCAACUCAAAAAGUAGCGUCCAGACUAACAACUCUGCUCAAGAUCACUGCAGUGAUAGAGAACAGACUAAUAUUUCAUUGCUUAAUACAAAGAGUUGCACAGAACCUGAUACAAUAGGGGUUCCCAGCACUAACAUUAAGAAGAGGCCAGCUUUUAAAGCUAAAAGUUGUGAACCUAGAACAAAGCAGAGUAACUUUAAUUCAGAUAAUACAAAGGAAAAUGUGCACAUCUCUUCAGAAACGUUUCCGUCAGUAAAGGCAAAAUGCUCCAAGGAAGUACCAGGAUGUAAAGCAAUUAAAACCUGCAAAAGUGCACCAUCGAGUAUCAUGUCUACAGCAGAUUGGGCAUAUCUCUUCAAUAAAGUCAUUGGAGUGGCAGCCAAAGAAGAUGAGGAUGUUUCCUCUACUGGUUCUGAGAUUCAACCUAAUCAGACAACCUCUUGCUCUAUAAAUAACCAAGAAAAGGAAAGUGACCAAUGUGAUGACUCCUCCUCGUUCAUAGAUGUAACGGGAAGUGAGUCUGGUGUUGAAAUCAUUCCACCUGAAGAUAGAUGUAUCAUGUCAUUUAUGUCACAACCAAGUGGGGUACAUCUUCCUGAACUUUGUGAAGAAGGUGAUGACAGCAGUAGAAUUGAUAAGCCAGUACAGGUAAAUAAUAAUAUACAGGAGAAGGAGAAGAAGGAGAAGGAGAAGAAGGAGAAGGAAAAGAAGAAGGAGAAGGAGGAGAAGAAGGAGAAGAAGGAGAAGGAGGAGAAGGAGAAGAAGGAGAAGGAAGGAAUAAUAUUACCCUCUCAGCCUUUAAAAUCCUCAGCUAAACUAAUUGUGAAACAUCCGAAAAAUUCACAAAUAGUUAAGACCAUUACAACAGAAAGUCAACCUGUAAGGAAAGAACUACAUAAGAAGUCACAAGAGCCUUUAAAGAAAUCCUCAUCAACAAAGAGAAAGGCAAACAGAAGGAAACACCGACCAGAUGAUGAGUCUUCAUCUGAGUUUAGUAAUAGCGAAUUAGAAGAGUCACAAGAAGAUGAAGAAAGUGAGAGAUCUCCUCAUUCAACAAGUAUUAAGGAGCAAGUUGUAGAAAUGAUGGAAAAAGUGGAUGAGAUUUUAUGGGUUCAGUGUGAUGACUGCAUGAAGUGGCGCAAGCUGAAUCAUAUUCUGGAUCCAUCCACACUGCCUAAGAUUUGGACUUGUAAAAUGAUUCCUAUAAAGGGAAAAAACAACUGUCAAGAGCCUGAGGAAGAGUGGAGACAAUUUAAUGAAGCGUAUAUAUACAAUCAGUUUGUUAUGGGUUCAGUGGUGUGGGCUCGGGUGCCUGGAACAGAAUGGUGGCCAGGAAUGGUGGAUAUUGAUCCAGACUAUAAGAAAUACAUAUGGCUUAAUGACACUGCUACAGCACCUAGUUACUACCAUGUGACCUUCUUUGGAGAACCAGUGACUCGAUCAUGGGUUACCCCUAAGAAUAUGAAAUCAUUUGAAGAAAAUGAUACAUUCAAGCGUUUCUAUUUUGGUACACGAAAGGAUCAGCAGACAAUACCACUGUUAAAGGCAGCUGUUAAAACUGCUCAUCAAGCUCUUGGUAUGGAUGUACGAAGCCGCAGAAAGAAAUUUGCCUUUGUUGUCCGAUUUACUGAGAAAUUGACACCAAAGCGAAGUAUUGCGUCCAGUCAAAAUAAUCAUACAUCAAGUAAGGCAAAGAAGAGGAAGAUUUCAUUAUCCCAUGAAAAACAAAGUGCAAGUUUGUCUUCUGUAUGCACCAAUCAUUUGCCUGACAUCAUUCCAACAGGUGAAUAUGAUUCUAGUAAGGUCAAAACAUCAAUACCAGUCAAGAAACCUUCACCUUUAAAGAGACACCGGAACACUAGUACAUGCAACGCUCACGACAUUAGUCCAUUAGAAGAAGAAGAGUCAGACAAUGGCUGUGACAAGCGAGAGCACAGCCAGAAAGGUCGUGUUGUAUGUUCAGAACGAGGAACGUUUGUUCAACGAGGCAGUAACAGAGAUGAACAAAAGGGUGAAAGUGUAAGAGAAAUGAGUGAAUAUGAAGAUCAGUAUAAUAAUAAUGAACCCAGUAAUCAAGAUGGUGAGUACAAACGUCAAGAUGAUAAUGAUAAUAAUUAUCAAUCUAACAAACAAGAUAAUUACGAAAAACCUAAUAAAGAGCCAAAUUUCGUAGGUGGUGGUAAUGAUGAAGCGAGCAAUACAAAUGAGCAAAAUAAGGAGUUCUGUGAUACAGAAACUAGUAAUGAGGAUAGUGCUAAUACAAACAGAAGAAAUGAAGAAGCAAAUAAUGAAGAUGGUGAUUAUACAGAACCUAGCAAUAAAGAUGAUUAUGAUGCACUACAAAAUAAAGACUGUCAUUAUGAAGACCCUAGUAAUGAAGUUGAAGACAAUGAAGAGCCCAAUAAUAAAGAUGGCAACAAAGAAGAGCCAAGUAAUAAAGAUGGUGAGUGUGAAGAACCCGGUAUUGAAGACGGUGAAGAACCCAGUAAUAAAGAUGGCGAUUGUGAAGAACCCAGUAACGAAGAUGGUGAAGAACCCAGUAAUGAAGAUGGUGAAGAACCCAGUAAUGAAGACGGUGAAGAACCCAGUAAUGAAGAUGGUGAAGAACCCAGUAAUGAAGAUGGUGAAGAACCCAGUAAUGAAGAUGGUGAAGAACCCAGUAAUGAAGAUGGUGAAGAACCCAGUAAUGAAGAUGGUGAAGAACCCAGUAAUGAAGAUGGUGAAGAACCCAGUAAUGAAGACGGUGAUUGUGAAGAACCCGGAAAUGAAGAUGGUGAAGAACCUAGUAAUGAAGAUGAUGAUUGUGAAGAACCUGGUAAUGAAGAUGGUGAUUGUGAAGAACCCAGUAAUGAAGAUGGUGAUUGUAAAGAACCCAGUAAUGAAGAUGGUGAUUGUGAAGAACCCAGUAACAAAGAUGGUGAAGAACCCAGUAAUGAAGGUGGCGAUUGUGAAGAACCCAGUAAUGAAGAUGGUGAUUAUGAAGAACCCAGUAAUGAAGAUGGUGAAGAACCCAGUAAUGAAGAUGGUGAAGAACCCAGUAAUGAAGAUGGUGAUUAUGAAGAACCCAGUAAUGAAGAUGGUGAAGAACCCAGUAAUGAAGAUGGUGAAGAACCCGGUAAUGAAGAUGGUGAAGAACUCAGUAAUGAAGAUGGUGAUUGUGAAGAACCCAGUAAUGAAGAUGGUGAAGAACCCAGUAAUGAAGAUGGUGAAGAACCCGGUAAUGAAGACGGUGAAGAACCCAGUAAUGAAGAUGGUGAAGAACCCAGUAAUGAAGAUGGUGAAGAACCCAGUAAUGAAGAUGGUGAUUAUGAAGAACCCAGUAAUGAAGAUGGUGAAGAACCCGGUAAUGAAGAUGGUGAAGAACUCAGUAAUGAAGAUGGUGAAGAACCCAGUAAUGAAGAUGGUGAAGAACCCAGUAAUGAAGAUGGUGAAGAACCCAGUAAUGAAGAUGGUGAAGAACCCGGUAAUGAAGAUGGUGAAGAACUCAGUAAUGAGGAUGGUGAAGAACCCAGUAAUGAAGAUGGUGAAGAACCCAGUAAUGAAGAUGGUGAAGAAUUCAGUAAUGAAGAUGGUGAUUGUGAAGAACCCAGUAAUGAAGAUGGUGAAGAACCCAGUAUUGAGUAUGGUGAAGAACCCAGCAAUGAAGAUGGUGAAGAAUUCAGUAAUGAUGAUGGUGAAGAAUUCAGUAAUGAAGACGGUGAAGAACCCAGUAAUGAAGAUGGUGAUUGUGAAGAACUCUGUAAUGAAGAUGGUGAUUGUGAAGAACUCUGUAAUGAAGAUGGUGAAGAACCCAGUAAUGAAGAUGGUGAUUGUGAAGAACUCUGUAAUGAAGAUGGUGAAGAACCCAGUAAUGAAGAUGGUGAUUGUGAAGAACCCAGUAAUGAAGAUGGUGAUUGUGAAGAACCCUGUAAUGAAGAUGGUGAAGAACCCAGUAAUGAAAAUGGUGAUUGUGAGGAACUCUGUAAUGAAGACGGUGAAGAACCCAGUAAUGAAGAUGGUGAAGAACCCAGUAAUGAAGAUGGUGAUUGUGAAGAACCCAGUAAUGAAGAUAGUGAUUGUGAAGAACCCUGUAAUGAAGAUGGUGAAAAACCCAGUAAUGAAGAUGGUGAUUAUGAAGAACCCUGUAAUAUUGAUGGUGAUUGUGAAGAAUCUAGUAAUGAAGAUGGUGAUUGUGAAGAACUCAGAAAUAUAGAUUAUGAUUACAAAGAACCCAGUAAUGAAGAUGGUGAUAACGAAGAACCCAGUAAUGAAGAUGGUGAUUGUGAAGAACCCAGUAAUGAAGAUGGUGAUUGUGAAGAACCCAGUAAUGAAGAUGGUGAUUCUGAAGAACCCAGUAAUGAAGAUGGUGAUUGUGAAGAACCCAGUAAUGAAGAUGGUGAUUAUGAAAAACCUAGAAAUAAAGAUGAUUAUAAAGAUUCCAGUAAUGAAAUUGAUGAUAAAGAAUUUAUUAAUGACGCUGUUGAUAUUAUAGAACCCAUUAUUGAAGCUAGUUAUAGUGCAGAAUCAAAUAAUAAAAAUAGUGAUAAUGAAUGCAGUAAUAAACAUAAUGAUGAUUAUAAUGAACAAAGUGACAAUGAAUAUGAAGAACAUGUAAAUAAUAGUUUUGAGCAUAAGGAAAAAGAUAAUAAUAGUUGGGAAUAUAAAAAGCAGGGCGAUAAGAAUAGUGUCGAGUAUGAGGAUCGGUGCAAAUAUAUAGAUAACAAACACAGUGGCUGUGAGUGUGAACGUGAAAGAUAUUUUGGUAAAGAUAGAGAAUAUGAAGUAAACUGCAGCAAUGUAUACAAAGGGCAAGGGGAUGACAGAGGUGUCGUAGAACGCGGCAAAAUCGACUUUGAAAGACGAAGAGAUGUCGGAAAACAGGAUGAUAGAGAUGGGGACUGUGAAGAAUGUGGCGAUUGUGUCAUUAAGAGAGGAAAAGAAGCUAGUAACAUAUGGAACUUAAAAAGAAUAAGUGAUAAUGAGGAAUCGGGUGAUAGCGAAGAUGGUGAUAAAAAGCCAGAUUGUAAGUGUGAUAUGUCUUUCUAUGAUGCUGAUGGUGAAGAUGAAAACUUUGGUGAUAGUGAAGAUGAAUGGUAUAAUGUAAAAGGCCACAAAACCAUUAGACAUAAGCGCAACGAUUUUGAUAUCCCCGAGGCAUGUUGUCAUAAGCAAUGCAAUCUUCAGUGUGACUUUGAAGAAAGCAAACAUAAAGGAUAUACUGUUCAAAGAAACCUCUAUAAAAUAGACUUACAAGAUAAUGACAUUGCUACUGAAUCAAAGAUAAAAAAAACGCGGCAUAAUUUUAAAGAAAUAGCGCGCGAGAAUAGACAUGAAAAGUGUGUUUGCUUGGAAGCCUGUAACAAAUUCUUUAAAUCUGGAGGACAUAUGAGGAAUGAAGGUUUGAGCAGCACAACUCAACAUCAAGAGUACAUUGAUAUUGUACCAGAAAGUCAACCUGAUCAGCCUGAUGUACUGUACAGUAGUUAUUUACGGACACUUGGCAUUCCUGCGGGUGUAUCACCGAGGGAUAGUUCAUGUUUACCGGCAUCACCAAAAGUUACACAAACUUUAUGUGGCUGUAUGACGCCUGCAUUUAUGUAUCGUACCAACUCGCCAAUAAAUGAGAAUCAGAACGACACAGAAUCACCCAGGUACCUUGUUAAAAAAUGCUCAGAAAGUGAUAGAUCAUUUACCUCUACUUCCAGUUUCUUUGACGAGGAAGCCAGCAAAGAAUUAAGUAUGAGGAGUUAUGAACUUUGUCAGGAACCAGGAGUGUCCUGGAAAACAAACACGGAAGAGAUGGAUAGUACUUCCUCAACAAGUUCAGAACUAGGUGAACUAAGUCAGGAAAUUCCCCUAAGAUAUGAUCAUCUCGGAAUUAAUUGUUGAGUACAGCCGUACAUGUACAGUAUAUUAAAUUUGACCGAUAAUGACU